CAAAGGCUUGGAAGUAUGACUCUAUAGCCGGUGUGUCCACACACACUCAGUCUCAGUCAUUGAAGAACAUUUUUGCUGGUAUCGGUUGGUCCCAUCCGCGCCGUGUAUGCUAAAUAUUACAAAAUGUAGCAGAAUUUAAUUAUUUUUUUUGCUAACAAAGCUAGUUUUAACGUCAGCAAACAUGGAGCCUUAAAAGUGACUGCAAAGUUGACUUAAAAGCCAGCCAAAAUGGAAGCUCAUUCUCCUUAGGAAAACGACAUGGGAAAAUGGGAGCUAACGAUGAACCCAGUGCAGGAGUGGGGUGAAGAAUUUGAGGAUGGUGCAGUUUACGGGAUCACCCUGCAUCGGGUGCCUGUCCCUUCCUCGCCUGACCCCAGCAGUGCAAAUCCAUCCUGCGCUUUCGUCCAGUACCGAACCAUCAAAGUGCGGCGUCUGAAGGCGGCCAGUCUGCAAAUGCUUGUGAGUCACCUCCUGGACCCCGCCUGUCUGGAGCAGCAGGACUACAGCAGGAUCUUCCUCUCCACAUAUAGAACUUUCACCACCACGGCAAAGCUUCUGGAGCUCAUCUUUCAUCGAGACGGUGCAGCAUCAGAAUUGGACAACAACUUGAGUCCUCCAUUGGCGUUUGUCCAGACAUGGUUGGAUGAAUACAGUGAGGACUUCAGGGAUCCUCCACUGCACCCAGGGCUCCGUCUCCUUUUGGAUCACCUCAGGAUCAGCUCUGCUGUGCAUGACCAACUACACUGCCAGCCCAACUUGUGCUCGCUGGCUGGGCAAGCUGAAAACCUGCUGAAGAGGUUCCAGAAAGAAGAAGCAGUGAGAACUGCGCAGGCAGAUGUGGAACAACGCAAGCAGCUUUCAGGUGAUGAGUAUUCAGGAUGUAAAAACUCCCAGGAUCAAGGUGACAUUUUGGAUUUCUCAGCUGGAGCCAUCGCAGAACAACUCACUCGCAUUGAUUCUGCUUUAUUCGUCAAAGUGGCACCUUACCAAUGUUUGGGCUGCAUCUGGUCACAAAGAGACAAGAAGGAGAACAUGUCCCCCACGAUCAGGGCCACCGUGGCCCAGUUUAAUGCUGUUACCAACCUGGUUAUCGUGUCGCUGCUCUGCCGCCCUGCAUGUGGCAGCUCCAGUCCAACUUCCUGUCGCUUGCCUCCCACUGCUCCACCGUAUCGAGCUCGCAUCAUAGAGAAGUGGAUCGGAGUAGCACAGGAAUGUCACAAUUUGAAGAACUUCUCCUCACUCAGGGCGAUCCUGUCUGCCCUUCAGUCCAAUGCAGUCUACAGACUGAGAAAGACCUGGGCUGCAGUCAGCAGGGACAGCAUGGCUACAUUUGAUAACCUCUGUGAAACCUUCCCUGAUGAAAACCGUCUUCUCACCAACAGAGCACUCCUGAUGGAGAGUACCUCCAGUGGAGCGGUGCCUUACCUGGGUACAUAUUUAACUGUCCUCACCAUGCUGGACACAGCCCUUCCAGACACUGUGGAGGGUGGACUCAUAAACUUUGAGAAGAGGAGGAGGGAGUUUGAGGUUCUGUCGCAAAUCUGUGUACUGCAGUCGUCCUGUUCCCAGUUCAGCCUGCCUCACCAUCCCAGAAUUGCUGAUUGGAUGCAAGGACAUAAACUACUCACUGACCAAGAAAGCUAUGAACUGUCGAGACAGUUGGAGCCUCCUGUGGACGUUUGUUCACCAACUGCCUGGAGCCAUCGAACACUCACCAAGAAACUGUCCUCUAUCUUGACAAUGAGUGAAGGAUCCAAAAAGCCCCCAGCAGACCAGAUCAGUGUUUCAUCUUCCGGAUCCAGUGGUUCAGAGUUGGAAGAUCUGUCCUCCCCAAACGCUGCCUGUUCCAUCAGACUACAGUCGUUCCACAGCUCAUGCAACAACGUGUCAGAGGUCUUUUCUUCCUCCUCCUCGUCUCCCUGCUCUUCGGCCGCCUCCUCUCCAGAUUCCCCAACCCCUUCAGGCUCGUCCUCGGAUUCCCUUUGCUCCCCGGCCACAUCCUGCGCUACCGCUUCGGCCACCUCCACCCCCCACCACAGACGCUCCGUGUCCAUGACAUCCCUACCCAUUUACAACCGCCAGGGUGCUGACUCCUGCGUUGUGAGGGUCAGUGUGGACCUGGGCCGUAACAACGGCAACAUGUACAAGAGCAUCCUGUUGACCAGCCAGGACAAAACUGCACACGUGAUACAGCGGGCGUUGGACAAGCACCACCUGGAGCACAUGGACUGGCAGGACUUCACUUUGACACAGGUCAUCUCACAAGAGAGAGAGUUGCUCAUACCAGACAAAGCAAACGUCUUCUACGCCAUGUCCACCACUGCCAACUUUGAUUUUGUCCUGCGUUGGUUCCACAAAGGCCAGAAGAAACCACUGAGAGCCACGUCAAGUCUUGGCCGGUACACAAAGUAGCACCACAUAAGCGUUUUUUUUUCAUAAUAGUACGGACAAACCUCCGAUUUUUGUUUUCGUCAACAUUUUUUUACCCAAAUUUUGUUUCCGCACAGUAUUGCACGUAUCCGUCUUGUACGACUCACCAUCCGUGUGCAUUUUUUACUGAGUGCGACUGCUAUAUAACCCGCCAUGGGGCCAAAGAAAGUUGCGAGUGCCAGCAAUUUGAUAAAGAAGGUGAGAAACACUAUGGAAUGUGGACGGGAAGUCUGCAUCAACAAUAAGUUCCAUCCAUUCAUCAUAUUUAUGUACUUUAUUUACUGCAUGUAAAACAAUACCCAUUCUCUGUAAAAAUGUAUUUUUUGUUCAUAUUUUGGGGUUUCUGGAACAGAUUAAUUGAAUUGACAUUAUUUCCUAUGGGAAACAUUCUCGGUUUUUGGUGUCGAACCUUUUGGAACAAAAACUGAGGUCCCACCGCUGUAUAUGAUAUUAUGUUCCUCCUCAUUUGUCGUGUAAAGGAGAUAUGGCGACGCGCUUAUGGUAGCAGAAAAGCACUUUAUAGCAGAGACUGUCGUGUUCUGGUAGGAAUCCCCUUCAUCUAAUGUGGAAUUCAAGUAUCGUAUAUGUGAUGUACAAACUGCAUGGGGCCAGUAACAACCUGUAAAAAGAAAAAAAAAGAAGGGAAUGGAGGUCAGAAGAGCAUAAAAGGAACUCCAGGGGAGCGACAUCGUGUUCUAAGCCUUUCGAGGUGCGCCCAUGCCAGCUGACAAGUGGGCGGUGGUGUUCCUACCAGGGAGCACCGUGUUCCUUUCACCGCACCUCUUGUUGCUGUGAAACUGGCUCACAGCCCUGACAGGAAGGUUGGCAUUCCCCAGCCCGGUACCCAUGGCAGCAGCACGGACUUUGAUGCACAUUAUGCCACUUGUUGUUGUAUGUACAUGAGUUGUAUGCUUUUACUCCCAUGUGCUUCACUUGGAUCCUGCUCUUCAUUGCACAUUAUUGUGACAACGUCCUGCUUGUACCUAAAGAAAACUGAAAUUGGGUGCCUAAUUUGAGUGAUGUUUGUUACUGUUUUCUGAUAUCACUGACAUUAUUUAAUAAUGCUGGAAAAAAGUUGCUUAACAGAUGUAUUUAAACAAGUGGUUCAGGUAGUUCUAUGGUUGUAGACGUUAUCAUUUCAGUGGCGUCAGCGUGAUGCCGACAGUAUUUAUCUUGUAAGACGUGGGAGGAUAUGGUACUGCUUGUACGAGACUCGCAUCAUGUUGGUACAAAGAUAGAGCCAGUGCAGAGCAUGUAGAAUUGAAUGCAUAAACACAAAUACUCUAUUGGAAGAAACAAAUAAACUGUGUAUGAAAAA